AUGGUCGUUGGGAUCCCAAACCACCACAAGUGCUUCAUGACCUCCAGUGCCUCCGGGGCCUCCCGUCCUCCGGACCGGAUGUCCCGCCUCCUACACCCCGACCUAGCCCCAUCCCCCCCACCCCACCGACCGGAAGUGAGCACCUGCGGGCGGAGGAGACCACUGCGCAGGCCCGGACAUCGCCUCGCCGCCCCCGGCGUCCAUUCUACUGGCCAAGAUACGGAUCCACCCUGCCUAGAGUCCAACCCCACUGGCCAAGGGUCUGAGCCCACGGACCUAGAUUUAGACUCUGCCGGCCAAGAUUAUUUCUCCGCCGACCAGGAAUUCGACUCUCUUUACCAAGAACUGGACCUGGACUCCCUUAACGAAGAUCUUCUUUCCCAGGCCAUGCCAGAUGCUAUGGCAGAGACCUCUGUGAGCCCAUAUGAAUCCCACCCGACUUGUGAACCAGAGUAUCUGACAGUCGCAGAGCGAAUGGAGCUCAAAUCCGAGCUCGCUAAAUUACAGGCGGAAAUCAUAGCCCUAGCCACCCUGGCAGCCCAAGAGAGACGCUGCGGGGAGCUCCAGAGGAAGUUGGACUUCACGGCCUUGGUGGGGCUGAGGCAGAAUCUGUCCAAGAGCUGGCAUGAUGUUCAGGUCUCCAGCGCCUACGGGAAACGGAAGACGUCAGCUGCCCUGUCCACCAUGAGCUCUGCCAUCUGCAGGAAGCUUGGAGACAUGAAGUCGACCACAUUCAGGUCUCUUGAAGGUCUGAUGGGAACAAUAAAAUCCAGAGUCGCAGGUGGCAGACAGCUUGACAGUGACUGCCUGCCUUCUUCAGCAGGGAGUGGGGGUGAUCCGCUCCCAGUUUUGGGGAGUGGGGAUGACCUGCUCCCCUUUCUCGCGCCAAAAUGA